GCUCGCUCCCUGCCGAGCGCUCGUCGCCCGCCCGAGCCUUUGCCAGGGGAUGAGGUGGGAGGCGCUAGAAGCCACUUAGCUACAGCCAACCGCCCAAUGCAGCACUCGCUCGCUCCCCCCGCCAGCGGAAGCGCCCGCGGAGCACAAUGCAGCACUGAGGCAGCGCCGCGGUGGAGGCUGCAGCGCCGCGGCAUCCGCAGCACCGGCUGGGGCUGGGAGGAGGCGGCCGUGCGGACCCGCGGGGCGCCGAGCCAGGGAGCCGGGCUCGGCUGCUCCAGCAUGAGGAGCUGAGCGUCUCGGGCGAGGCGGGCUGACGGCAGCACCAUGCAGGCGUCGGCGGCUGCGUCCGUGCCCUUCUUGCUGCUCUGCGCCCUAGGGACCUGCCCCCCGGCGCGCUGCGGCCAGGCAGGAGACGCCUCGCUGACGGACCUGGAGAAGAGGAACGAAAACCGCUUCCUGGAGCGCCAGAGCAUCGUACCACUGCGCCUCAUCUACCGCUCCGGUGGCGAAGACGAAACUCGGCACGACGCGCUGGACACGCGAGUGCGGGGCGGCCCCGGCGGCCGGCAGUUGACUCACGUUGACCAGGCAAGCUUCCAGGUUGAUGCCUUUGGAACUUCAUUCGUUCUCGAUGUCGUGCUAAACCAUGAUUUGCUGUCCUCUGAAUAUAUAGAGAGACAUAUUGAACAUGGAGGCAAGACUGUGGAAGUUAAAGGAGGAGAGCACUGUUACUACCAGGGCCAUAUCCGAGGAAACCCUGCCUCAUUUGUUGCAUUGUCAACAUGCCAUGGACUUCAUGGGAUGUUCUAUGAUGGGAACCACACAUACCUCAUUGAGCCAGAAGAAAAUGAUACUUCUCAAGAGGAUUUCCAUUUUCAUUCGGUUUACAAAUCCAGACUGUUUGAAUUCCCCUUGGAUGAUCUUCCAUCUGAAUUCCAACAAGUAAACAUUACUCCACCAAAAUUCAUUGUGAAGCCAAGACCAAAGAGGAGUAAACGGCAGCUUCGUCGAUAUCCUCGUAAUGUGGAAGAAGAAACCAAAUACAUUGAACUGAUGAUUGUGAAUGAUCAUCUCAUGUUUAAAAAACAUCGGCUUUCUGUUGUACAUACUAAUACCUAUGCGAAAUCUGUGGUGAACAUGGCAGAUUUAAUAUAUAAAGACCAACUUAAGACCAGGAUAGUAUUGGUUGCCAUGGAAACCUGGGCGGCUGACAACAAGUUUGCCAUAUCUGAAAAUCCAUUGAUCACCCUACGUGAGUUUAUGAAAUACAGGAGGGAUUUUAUCAAAGAGAAAAGCGAUGCAGUUCACCUUUUUUCGGGAAGUCAAUUUGAGAGUAGCCGGAGCGGGGCAGCUUAUAUUGGUGGGAUUUGCUCGUUGCUGAAAGGAGGAGGCGUGAAUGAAUUUGGGAAAACUGAUUUAAUGGCAGUUACACUUGCCCAGUCAUUAGCCCAUAAUAUUGGUAUUAUCUCAGACAAAAGAAAGCUAGCAAGUGGUGAGUGUAAAUGUGAGGACACGUGGUCUGGAUGCAUAAUGGGAGACACUGGCUAUUAUCUUCCUAAAAAGUUCACCCAGUGUAAUAUUGAAGAGUAUCAUGACUUCCUGAAUAGUGGAGGUGGUGCCUGCCUUUUCAACAAACCUUCUAAGCUUCUCGAUCCUCCUGAGUGUGGCAAUGGCUUCAUCGAGACUGGAGAGGAGUGUGACUGUGGGACACCUGCUGAAUGUGUCCUUGAAGGAGCAGAGUGCUGUAAGAAAUGCACCUUGACUCAAGACUCUCAAUGCAGUGAUGGUCUUUGCUGUAAGAAGUGCAAGUUUCAGCCUAUGGGCACUGUGUGCCGAGAAGCAGUAAAUGAUUGCGAUAUUCGUGAAACAUGUACGGGAAAUUCAAGCCAGUGUGCCCCUAAUAUUCAUAAAAUGGAUGGAUAUUCAUGUGAUGGUGUUCAGGGAAUUUGCUUUGGAGGGAGAUGUAAAACCAGGGAUAGACAAUGCAAAUACAUCUGGGGGCCAAAGGUGACAGCAUCAGACAAAUACUGCUAUGAGAAACUGAAUAUUGAAGGGACCGAGAAGGGUAACUGUGGGAAGAACAAAGACACUUGGAUACAGUGCAACAAACGGGAUGUACUAUGUGGUUACCUUUUAUGUACCAAUAUUGGUAAUAUCCCACGGCUUGGAGAACUCGAUGGUGAAAUCACAUCUACUUUAGUUGUGCAGCAGGGAAGAACAUUAAACUGCAGUGGCGGGCAUGUUAGGCUUGAAGAAGAUGUAGAUCUUGGCUAUGUGGAAGAUGGGACACCUUGUGGUCCCCAAAUGAUGUGUUUAGAACACAGGUGUCUUCCCAUGGCUUCUUUCAACUUUAGUACUUGCUUAAGCAGUAAAGAAGGCACCAUUUGUUCAGGAAAUGGAGUUUGCAGUAAUGAGCUGAAGUGUGUGUGUCACAGACACUGGAUAGGUGCCGACUGCAACACUUAUUUCCCUCACAAUGAUGACGAAAAGACUGGUAUCACUCUGUCUGGCAAUGGUGUUGGUGGCACCAAUAUCAUAAUAGGCAUAAUUGCUGGCACCAUUUUAGUGCUGGCCCUCAUAUUAGGAAUCACUGCGUGGGGUUAUAAAAACUAUCGGGAACAGAGACAGUUACCCCAGGGAGAUUAUGUAAAAAAGCCUGGAGAUGGUGACUCUUUUUAUAGCGACAUUCCUCCUGGAGUCAGCACAAACUCAGCAUCUAGUUCUAAGAAGAGGUCUGCUUUUCUGUCGCAUUUUCAGAUUUCUACCUGUUCCAUCACACAUUAUUCCAUUAGUCAGAACAUUUCAUUAUUUUGCAGCAGGUCAAAUGGGCUCUCUCAUUCUUGGAGUGAAAGGAUUCCAGACACAAAACAUAUUUCAGACAUCUGUGAAAAUGGGCGACCUCGAAGUAACUCUUGGCAAGGUAACAUGGGAGGCAACAGAAAGAAAAUCAGAGGGAAAAGAUUUAGACCUCGGUCUAAUUCAACUGAGAGGGAGCCCCAAGCACCUGAGCCUGGGCACUCCCUCGCCCAGACAGUCCCAUCCCAAGGCAUAAGCCCAGGGGGCUCUGACAGCCCCCAGACAGGGAGUCUGGAUCACAGGUAUUUAAACCCAUGGUUCAAAAGAGACUAUAAUGUAGCUAAGUGGGUAGAAGAUGUGAAUAAAAACACUGAAGGACCAUACUUUAGGACUUUAUCUCCUGCCAAGUCUCCUUCUUCAUCAACUGGGUCCAUUGCCUCCAGCAGAAAAUACCCUUACCCAAUGCCUCCACUUCCUGAUGAGGAGAAGAAAGUGAAUCGACAAAGUGCCAGGCUAUGGGAGACAUCCAUUUAAGAUCAACUGUUUACAUGUGACCCAUCGAAACUGUUUACUUCAACUUUUAUAGAAACCCAGCCUCACGGAAUCACUGCAAAUCUAUCUGCUCUUCAGACAAUACGAAGGCCCUCUGAGAUGCCACAGAGGAGAGGAAGCCAAAUCUCACAUCUGGAUACCAUUUUCUUUUUGUCAUUGGCUUAGGAUUUAACCGAACCAUGAAAAGAACUACUGAAAUGUUACACUAUAACAUGGAACAGUAAAGGUACUGGUAUGUUAAUGGAUAAUCUGCAUGACAGAUAAUAUGUAGAAAUAUCAAUAAAAUUAACUCACAAGACCCAAAUGUAGCAAGUUUCCUAAGGGACAAUAGUGGAUUCAGAACUUGACAUUCUGAAGCACAUCCUCAUUGUAAACAGUAAUGCUAUAUGCAUGAAGCUUCUGUUUAUUGUUUUCCAUAUUUAAGGAAACAACAUCCUAUAAUAGAAACUAGCAUGCAGGGCUAAGGCAUAUAGGAUUCUUCUGCAGGACUUUAAAGCUUUGAGAGGCCAAUAUCUCAUAUGCUAACUGUAAACAUGUAUUUUUAUUUUUGUUUUGUUUUUUACUUUUCAUAUUUAUAUCAGCAUACAAGGAUAAUUGUAUAUAUGUAAACAUUUUUAAAUCUUAAAAAAAAGCAGCUGUUACACAAAAGUGUAUUUUGCCAAAUGCCUAAAAACAGUCAGUCACAAUCACAUCAUUGUCAUUCAUCCAAUGGUCUUUGAAGAUUUUAAGCAGGUGAUGUUGUAAAUAUAGUGGUCAGUGCUGUAAAUGUGUCUCUUUAUAAUUGGUAUUUGUCCAAAACAUGUGAUAUCCCUUUAAACUGUGCACAGUCUGGAGGCAAUUUUACUGAGUAAUUGAGUGGGAGAACAAAAUGCCCAGCAAAACUUCUGGCUCCCACAGCUUGCUGAAGCAGGAGUCCAGUAGUGUAGCUGCUCACUGGGAAUCAUCCAGCCUGUCCACUUCUCGGGGCAUACAGUGUCUGUCUCAGCAGCUGUUAUCUUUCAGUACCAGAGCGCAUCUGCUGGUAUCACCCUGGAGGCUGUUGAGCCCCUCAAUGGUGUGUCCUGCUGAGGUUAAGCAAGUGCACCAAAGAGACAUGAAACCACGGAUGCUGGUGAACAGGUAGCUGCCAAUACGCUAAUCCUUUGCGGCCUGAAGUUUUGUUCCUGGAAACAAAACUCUUUCAAGGAACCUUUUAAACCACCCUUAUCUUUGAAAUGAAUGACUUGUUUUAACAAAAGCUACUGUUACAUUGUUGAUUAAGGAUAUUUAUCAUCACUGGGAUGUGAGUCCCAGCAAGUCAUUCUGCACUGACUUUGAAGCAAGACGAUGGAAGGUUCUUCUUUCUGAGCUGGGAAGCCUUAACAGUUCAUACAGGGUUAAAUGAAAUCUAAAGCCACAAAGGUUCAGCCACAAAGGUUCACAAAGGUCUUUCCCCUGCUCAGCAACUGGCUGGCAGGGGAAAGAAUCUGAUGUUUUGAACCACAUAUUGUGUAUUUUUUAGCUCGUAGGAAAGUGAGAAUUCUAUGUUCAAAGCCCCUUCUUUAAAACCAAAGUGUGAUAGCUGUUAUGAUGCAGCUCUGUCAUUCCGAAACAAAGCUACCCUAGUGAGGUCUGAAAUUGAUGGGAUCGAUCACAUGAUCUGCUGUGAUGUGUACUUCCGAUUUCCUCCUGUUUUUUCUUGAGAGGAAUGGAAUCUGCAGACAAGAUUUCAGAAAUAGUCUAAAUUUGAUCUCUCCCAGUAGUGUCUAUGGACAAAAAAUCCAUUUCAUUUCCAUUUGUAAUCAUCUUAGAUGACCAAACUGAAGAGCCACAUUAGAAGGCAGCAUUUUAUACUCUGUGUGUUGAUGUCUUCCGUAAUGGACCUCUCUUCUGAAAGUCUUUGAAAAUGUUUGAAAGGCAAUUUAAUCAUCCAAAAUUAUACAUUAUGAAACAGCAUUUUUCAUGCCAGGAAGGGAUAUGAUUAUUGAUACUACAGUAAAACAAUCCAUCAGACUAAGGUUUGGGUGAGUGUUGGACAACAUUGCCACAUAGCUCAAGCCGAGGACAGAAGGGCAGACAGAUUGAAAGAUGUAGCAAAUAAAGUGACUUUUGGCCAAGAUCACUUUAAUGUGCACUGAAUGUUUUCUGGUAUUGAGUGUAUAAAAGGCUAAUGUUAUAAGGUUUAUUUUGACUAUGAAAGAGUUUAUAGAUUUGAAUGUAAGGUGCCUCAUGUAAAUAUGCUUCCUAGUUGUAGUUUACAUAAGCCCUAAUUUGAAAGAAUCCACAAAUGGCUAGCUAAGUAGUCAGCAGAUCUCUAUCAUCCAUCCAUCCAUCCUUCUUCUGUCUUUCCUCACUUCAGUUAUUUUUUUACAUGUAGUUAUUUCAAAUGAAAACCAUUAUCAUGUGCCUUUUGGGGGAGACAUGGUUGCUCUAGAGGUAUAUAUUAAUAGUUUGUAAUUGUCCUCCUCAGUAAUAACCUUCAUAUGGAACUGAAUGAAAAAUGUUUGGUUUUUUUUGUUUGUUUUUUGCAGAGCUUAUGAUUUUAGAAAUACAGUUGCUUUAAAUGUUCUAUUCUGGGAAUCUACUCUAUCUUCCAUGUUUAAACAUCCUUAGAGCCAUUUGUGGAAUUCUUUCACAGAUUUAUAGUUUCAAGGGGUAGUUUCAAGAAGUAUCUAUAUGUCUACUCAUGGUUGGUGUCCUAGAGGCAUUAUAUCUAAAUGACUUUUCACCCACUGAGAUAGAUAGAAUGGACCCAUGGCACUAAGUACAAGCACAGCAUUAUUUCUUGUUAAAUAUCUAUUUUGUAGAGAAACUUUGAGGCCACAUAGCAGUUUGUAUCAUGCAACUAAUAUUUAUAUUUCCCAAUCCACUCCAGGAUCAUUACUAAGUAAAGGAGAGCAGUUAUUUGGCCUUUAUGUUCCAUUGUAUCCCUUUCCCCUCCUCUUUCUAAAGUUUUGUGCAUCAAAUAAGACGGCAGAUUGCUAACCCUGCUGCCUGAGCUGUUCCAUUCAUCCAUAGUCAUUACAGUGCAGUAAACUCCGAUUUAAAGGAGCAUUUAAUUAUCUCCACUAAGUGUCCACAAGGGAGAUGUGGGAUAGCAGGGAUCCCUUAAGGAACAGAUUGGACCGACUAACUUCCUUCCACAUCCAGCCACUCUUUCUUUAGAUGGCAAGUGGCAUCCUUUUCUGAACUUUGCCUGUUCUGGGGAUCAUUUUCUAGUUUGCAAUCUGGAAAGGAAUAAAUCUCAGACAGUGCAGCAUAAUGAAGGCUUUCAAUUUGCUAUAGUUGCUGUAGUUUUAAAGUAACCCAGCACCUCAGGAAUAACCUAUUAGAGUUCCUAAAAAAAAUGUUGACUAAUAAAGCAAAUGUAGGCUUAAAAUGCCAAGCUUAUUUUUCAGUUUGACAUUGAAAAAUAAUUUCAAUUUGCUUUAUUAAGUGAUGCUAUAGUUUCUCUUUUUUCCCCUCUUGGUUUAAAAAGGCUUUUAAAAUUGUGUUUGUACAUAAAAGUUAGUCCAGCAUAGAAUUUCUGAAUAUAGGAUUAAUAGGGUUUCUAAAAGAAGUUGCUGGAAAGAUAAAAUGAUAUAUUCUGUGCAUUUCCAGAGAAGGACUAUUAAUGUUAGAAUUUCAUAAGACUUAUUUUUUUAUUCCCUUAUAUAUUUGCAUAAUUUAAUUCUGCCCAUUGUCCCAAAUCUCUUAUGGCUACUUUACCUGUUACCUUUCUUUGGAUUUUGUUUUUUACUUUUUACAGUUACCUUUGAGCCUGAGGAAAUAUGGUAUUUCUAUUCACUUCUUUCAGGGUUUCAAAACUGUUUGUUCAUUUAUUCAUUUCACCCAUUCAUUUCCCAUCAUUAUGUAGUUCUAUUUUAACCUAUAUAUAUAGUGCUUUAAAUAUUUCUUUGUUAUUCAACAUGAUAAUAAAUCCUUCUCUAAAGAAAAGACUACUUUACUUUACUUGAAGGAAAGGGAAUUUAUUGGCAGGAUAUUGAGUAGCUUGCAGAGUAUAUGGGAAAGGGAAGAUGAAGGUUGGAACCAACAGAAGUGAGAGAGGCAAGACAGCUGCCUGCACGGCCUGAUUAGGGCACCAUUGGCUGCUGCCACUGGACUCCCCAUAUGGGCAACAUAUUGUAAAUAUCAUCCACCCAGUUAGUAAGUUGGCAUGAAUUUUCUAUAAAACACUUUGACUCCCAUUUGCAGUUAAAUGUCUACUUUUUAUGCUCAAGUAUAUUUUUCCUUUCACUUUUAUGUUUUCCUCUAAAAUUGCCACCUAAAUACUUCCCCUCCCUUAAAUGUAUGAAGUCAAGAUGAAUUUCUCCUUCUUGCUCUACUAGCUUUAUAUAAGAAUCAAACAUUUCUAUGGAAUAAUAGGGCUCAAUGUGGGAUUAAAGCUUUUCUUCCCUUCUCUGACAUAUUUUCCGAAUGCAAAAGACUACUCUGAUUUUGGAUGAGCAGCUUUUCUCCCAGUGUCAGAGAACUAAGGACUUUCAUAAACAGCUUCCUCUGUUUAUUGUAUUGUGAGGUGCCCAGUCUGCUCUUAGGAAGAUCAGCUGAGAGGCAGCGGCCCAUCUGAGCAACUGUGCUGUUAAAGUACCGCUGCUGGGAAUUGUUGGCACGUGCUGGUAGCAUAUGCUUUGUGGGGCAGGUGCUUUUAAUUCCAAGAGGAGCUUUUCUGCCACACCUGCAGAUGUAGAGCAAAAAUGUAACAAGACUUCAGAAAACAGAAGAUAGUAUUUCUAUUCACAUUUUAUUCAUUGCUUUGUUAGAUUCCCCAAAAUGGAGUAUCUUGUGGUUGUUUGCAAGCAGAAAAACAAAACAAACAUUCAAAAACAAAAACCUGCUGAAUUAGUAUUUGGGUCUUUUAUAUCCAUAGCCUGAUAAACAGUAAGCAUCCUCACUAUGAGAGCUGAGAGAUGCUUCCAGAACUUUCCUACUUUUAAAGUAGCUCCCUCCUCAGUAGCUAUGCAGCCCUUUCCCCCUAAUUAGGAAUUUUCACUGUUGUGAAGACCAGUCCUUAUUUUGGCUAAAGUGGCACUUAGGAGGACCCCAGGGGUGCAGAAUAGGGGUGGUGGGCAUCUUUAGUCUUCUCCAAUUGGCACGGUGGCAUGGAUUAUGCAACUUUGGAAGUCACUGACAGAUGGGUCCUAAGAGUGUGAAUUUCAGGAUGGGGGGAGAUAAGAUAAAGCAGUAACCUUUGAGAGGUCAUGAGGCAUUUAGUCCUGGCAUAGGAGCAAGAUGGACAGCCACAUGAAGAUCCCUGAAGCCAAGUGAGUGGUCACUGGGGGCUUGGUGGGGAGAGAGGUGCUGGGUGCCUAAGAGAGACUUGUGUGCUUUGCAUUUUGAAUUUGGCUCUGUAAAUACCUCAAGGUGUAGUCCAUGAUAGGCCAGUCACUCCACCUCGAGUGUCCCUGUUGCAUUGUUCAUAGAACCUGUAUCAUACUGGAGGUGCUUCAAGGCUAGCACAGUUUUGGUCAGGUGACCAUCAUUUCAUGUUCUUGAAAUCAAAACCAGGCAAAAAUGUGUUUUGCGUUUUGUUUUAGAAAAAGGCAUACAAUGAGAUGAAGCGAUCUUGUUAAGAUGAGGCAUACACAAAAUCAUCAAAGUUUCAAAGAGUUUAUGGAGGGUAUUUUCCUCUAUUGUUUGAAAAUACAUAUAUAAUACCAACCUGCAUUCACCUUAGGGCCUAGCCUCUUAUGAAUUCUCAGACUAUGAUUUGUGUUUUGAUGGUUAAGCUCUAACAUAAUGCAAACAGCCCCAAAUCUUUAAAUAUAGCGGUGCUAAAUUAUACCAGAUAACUCAAUAUAGAAAGUGCUGAUAUGAAUUAAUACUUAGUAAUAAUACAAGAGCUCUUGCUAAAUUAUACAUGUGUAUCACUGCCUGAUUAGAAACCCCACUUUUGUUUUCUAAUCCAGCACACACAAAAAAACUGUGAUUCUACAACCAGUCUUUUUAAAGUGUAAAAAUGACCCAGCACCUUUGUUUUGUAUGGAAAACUGGUUUUUUUUCCUUAAAAAAACACUACAAAAAUGCUUAACAAAAGGUUUAUUCAAGAUAAGCAUGUACUCCUUUUUUAACUUGCUGGGAGACUCGCCCCUCCAAACUAGCAUCCCAAAAAGACUUCUUUCAGAAACUGCGUGUUCUACCAGUUUCUGUUGGCCAGUGUAAGUCUGUGCUAAUGUUUUCCACAUCGAUCAUCUUCAACAGGCAAUGUCCAUCUGCAGGUAGUGGAAGCCACCCCAUCGGAGUGUUAAUUGUAGCAUGAUUUCACUUUCGCUAAUCAGGUAAUCGUGUAUAUAUUUAGAUUCGCACCAUUUUAACAUUUCUCUGCUACUUUGCACUUCAGAUUCUUAAGCUACUUUAAAAAUUACUGGGUUUUGGCAAACACCAACAGAAAUGUAUAUGGCAACUGCUUUCUUGAGCGUGAUUUGUUUUAUGGCUGUUCAAGUUAUAACACUGUUCUCACACUGUAAGUAAACAAAAUCUUGCUGUUUUUAAAGGUCACUGUAUCUUGAGAUUCAAAUUUCUGGCACAAUUUUAUUAGUAUUCACUAAUAAGAUACCACAGUUUUCUAUGUUACUCUCAUUGUAACAUCAAUAAAGUGACUUUCAAUAAAAGAUUUAUGUUAUUUUGA